AUGGUAUCAUCACUUUCGGAAUGCUCAACCAUCAACUCCCCGCAACCUGUUCAUUCAGUUUCCAAUGUUCGUCGACCCAAACAAGUAUUUAUUCCUCCCCCAAAAUAUCAAGAUGCUUACCAACAGAUGAAACGACAACAAUUUUUGUCACUAUGCCGUUCUUACCAACGAAAAUCAAGCAUGCCGUUAAUUAGUGAGAGAAAUGUUUUUUCCUCGAACCACAAUUCACAAUGCAUCGAACCUAAAGAAAAUAUGGAAUGUUUGCAAAGUCAGAAAAAGAGAAAAGUUGAAAAAGAUACCAAUACUCUUCAAUUAAGCUCUCAAGGUUUAACUAGAAAUGCACUUGCUGAUAUUUCUCUUUCAGUUGAUAAUAAUUGUGUGUCACAAAAUGUCACCAACAAGGUUUUUGUCACAGAAGAAUUGAAAAAGGAAAAGAAUUUCACAACACCAAGUAGUACCAUGACAUGUUCUGAUGUUCAGAAAAUUUCAACAUGUCAUUCUCGUACGGAUCUUCAAAAGAAAUUCUUGUCACAAAUUGAACCACACAUUAAUACAUACCUUGGAAAACAAAUAAUUACCAAUAUUGAUUUGGGCCAGUUAUUUCUAAUAACUGAUGGCCUAAAUCACAUUUUGGGAAAUCAAUAUCCUCUAAUUGGAAAAAUCCAUGAAGGACCUAACGGUGGAUACUUUUUACACAUUGAUAAUGAUGGACUUGUUUCAAAACAAACCUCAUACAACUGUAGCUCCAUCUAUCAAUCCUACACAAGAUUGGGAAGAAUUUUAAUGAGUAUUGGAUUAGGACGUGCCAUGUUGUAUCUAUACUUUACGCAAGAGUAUGUCUCUUCACAUGCCCAUGACGUGGAACACAUUUGCAAACAUGGUAUUGUUUAUAACGGCACACGAUACAAGCUCUUCACCUCUAGCAAUUCUUCUCUUUGCAGUCGAACAGGUUUAUCAUUGUUUAUCUCGUCACAUAUCAACCACGUAUAUUUGGUAUCCAUGUUGGGCAAUUUCUCUGAAGCUGCAAAAAAAGGUCCAAGAAAAGCAUUGAGCCGAUUGGCUUUAAAUAGUGGCAAGAGUUUUUUCAGUAGGAAACAAUUACUAACAGAAGAAUUAUUUAUUUUGGAUGAUGAACAAGAUUAUCCUGGUGUUGAUGGCUGUGGCUUUGCACGAGAAGAUUACUUUCGAGAUAUUUUAAUUCACACAGAGAAGCAACCAUUUCUGUAUGACGGAGACGUUUCUCGUUUCAUUGAUGACAGUGAGAUUGAUCAUAUUGUAGCGAUGCAAUUUCGAGUGGGUGGUUUUAAGGGUGUCCUCCAAGCAAUUCCAAUGAAGUUUUGGAACCUAUUGCAACAAAAAUAUGGAUUUAACGACCAAGUGCGGUGUGUGAUGAGAAAAUCUAUGCAGAAAUUUGUUGGAAACACAAAUAUUUAUAGUAACUUUGAUGUUUUGGAGGUUUCUAGGAUUUUUGGUGGAAGCAUCAAUCUUCAUUUCAUGUCUUGCAUGUUGCAAUUAACUUCAAAACGAGAAGAAAUGGAAAAAAUAUUUUUAACACGAUUGGAUGAAUAUUUGGUUGAGAAGCUGUGCUUGGAUCCAGAGAAUAGGUCACAACUCAAACAUUCAUCCGUGCUGAAUGAUGUUAAUUCAAGCACAACAUUUGACCAAGAUUCUAUCUAUAGCAAAGUGAAAAGUUUAUUAUUGGCAGGUCACAGAUUGGACAAUCCUUUCAUUCAUAAGUGGAUUAUGAAAAGAAUAGAGAGAAAGUGUCAAUCUUUGUUUUUCAAUCAUUUUUCGCUUAAAUUCAAAAUCAAGAAAUGCAUUAAUUUAAUUGGAAUCAUUGAUGAAACUGGAAAACUUGGCCCAAACCAAGUGUUCAUUGCAUGCCUAAAAAUCCGUAACAUUCUUGGAGAACGUGACUAUCACAAUUUACAACAUGUCAUUGUAUACAGAAAUCCUCUUGCCUAUCAAGGUGAUAUUAUGAAACUUGAAAUUGUAAAAACCCUUCCUAACACAUUUACUGCUGAAGAAGCUGAAUACUUGUCUUCCAGAGAGAAUGUUAUUGUUUUUCCCAAGUGUUACAAACAAAAGUCGAUUCAUCAAUUUAUGGGAGGUGGUGAUUUAGAUGGUGACCGAUAUGUGAUUAUUUUCGAUCAAGAAAUAAUUGCACUGUUUGACAAGGAAUCUCCAAAAGUUGAUUAUGAUAGCCAUACGUCCAUUGAAACAAACAAACCUGUUUCACAUCAUGAUAUUAUUAAUGAACAUGUGAAUUGUAUUAUCCAUAAGGAUAACCUUAUUUCAGAAAUUUUUUACUGUAACAUGCUUGUACGAGAAAGUGAUGAUAUUGAGUUGAAAAAGUUAUUAGCCAAAGCACUUGCAGAUGCCAUUGAUUCCAAACGAGCUCACCUUAUGGACUUUAGAAAACUCAUUUUGGAAACGAAACAAAAAUUUAAAGAGCCAGCGUGGUAUUUGGAGAGCUCAAAAGUGAAGGUCUCAGAAGGUCGUUUAUUUGAUGGUCACACAUUCGAGUUUCGAAUGAUGAACUUGAUCAUUGAAACCUAUUCUUCGAUCAAGUAUCAACCAAAUUAUUCCGCGAUUGACAAAGACUUGAUUUUCAAACCUGUGAAACGAAAUGCCAUGUUGGAACAAAAAUGGAAAGCUGAAUUUUAUCUUGCUCACAAUCAAUGGACUGAAUAUUGGAUACAUUUCUGUUGCGCGAUGGAGAAUAAGUCCACCACUUCCUUCGCCAUGACCAAUUUCAGCAAGAACAACUUGAAGGAAAAGAUGUUCCAAAAAUCCUUGAGACCAUUUCUUGAUGAAUAUUUUAAUUCCACUCUCCAAGAUGGUCACUCCAACCAUGACAAACAACAAGAUGUCAGACAUACCAGAAACACGACUCAACACGACUAUUGGAAGAAUUUGUUUCAUUCUGGUGGACUUCUUUCAAAAGAUGCACCUUCCAAGGCGAGUAUUUGGCUUCAAACGGCCUACGAAUUGGAACAACAACGUUGUGACAUGAAAGACAGCCAAGAGCUCAUUCAGCAACAACAAUGGUUGACAUCUCAAUGGAUGGAAACAAGUACUUCCUUCUCAACCAAUGUCUCUCAAAAAAGUACAUUGCUGUCCAGAAUGCCCCAAUUUGGAUCAUUUUCACAACCACCACCACAAACAUUUUUCCGAUCGUUGAAUUCACAACAAGAGGUUUGUCACACUUAUUCCCAACAACCCAAGUCACGAUCACAACAAUGGAACAAGACUUCCUUGUCUUGUUCGAGAAAAUCCAUCUUAUCCAGUCCUUUCCUUUAUUAUUGCUGA